AUGGCCUUACACAGUCUAGUGAUGGAGACAGAGGGAUGGGCACCCGUGCGAACGUGGCGCUGCAAGCGGCGCGGAGCGCGCGGCGCGGUCGGCGGCCUGCGCGCCAUCUGGGCCCCCGCGCGCUGCUCGCCGCGGCCCUGGGGACGGCGGGCGGGUGCCAUCCGGGCGCUGCGCAGCGGCCCUGCGCUGCUGUCGGUGCGGAAAUUCACAGAAAAACACAGGGUAACAACAGAAAACGGUGCUGGAACAGUAACAGUGGGAAUCAGCAAUUUUGCACAGGAAGCUUUGGGAGAUGUUAGGUGCUGUAGUCUGCCUGAAGUUGGGACAAAGUUGAACAAACAAGAGGAGUUUGGUGCUUUGGAAAGUGUGAAAGCUGCUAGUGAACUCUAUUCUCCUCUAUCAGGAGAAGUAACUGAAAUUAAUAAAGCUCUAGCAGAAAAUCCAGGACUUGUCAAGAGGUCUUGUUAUGAAGAUGGUUGGCUGAUCAAGAUGACAUUCAGUAACCCUUCAGAACUAGAUGAACUAAUGAGUGAAGAAGCUUAUGAGAAAUACAUAAAAUCUUAAAAUCUAUUGAGGAAUGAAAAUGGAACCCCUAAGUAAACUACUUUGAAACAACUUAAUCUAGCAUAGUUGCCUUAAAUUAGUGGUGGAUAGAUACUUAAAAAGAACUUUUAGCAAAAGAAACUACUUGCAACAAUGUUUCCUGAAGAAAAUACCUCUUAACUUUCUAAUGCCUUCAGAUAAACACUGUGCAUCUUUUCCACAGCAUCCUGUGAUUUUUAGGCUAGGCUCCUGUUAUAAUAUUCAGAAUUCCUGAAAAUUAUCUCUGGUAAAACUAAUUACAAAAAUUAUGUAAUUCAAGGAUAACAUGGUUAUCGUAUACCUUAUAUGACAUUGUAACUUGCUUACAGCUAUCCUUGGAUUUGGGUCAAAAUGAUCUUCCCAGUAGAAAUAACUGCCAGUGGAGAAAAGUUUGUUAGUUGUAUAGUGUCCAGUGAAGAAUAUUACUGUCUUAAUUUUGCAAUAUACUGUUUUUGCUAGUGCUGUUUUUAUACAGUGAAGCAACAGCCUUGCGGGAGAAUAAACAAUUUAAUAAAAUAUUCAACUUCUUAAUCAUGGGGAAAAAUAUAUACAUAUAUACUAGAGAUGAUCAGCCUGCUUAAAAUUUAACUUUGACAAGAUCACCCUGCUGAAGGAAAAUCUAAUACUGUAUUUUUCUGAUGGCUCAGUUUAUCACUGUUGUUCAUUGUUGAGUCACUAAGUUGUGUCCGACUCUUUGCGACCCCAUGGACUGUAGUAGUCCAGGCUUCCCUGCCCUUCCCUAUC